CCUCUUCUUCACACUCUGCAAAGACAGACCUUUUUAAGCCUCCUUUUUUGCCCUUUUCUCUGUCUCUCUCUAUCUAUUCUCUUCCUCUUUUCCUGCUUUUCUAAGUCAUGAACAAAAGCUUUUCACAAGUCAAGCACUCAUCAGAGAUUCAGACACCAGCCGAUGAACAGCUAAAAACCCUUCUAAACUAGGGUUCCCAUAAGGCAUUUCUCUUCUUCUGCCCUUGUAGAGCAAGAGAAAAAGAGGGUUUUUUUCUUUUUUUGUUUGUUGGCUUUGUUUGAUUUAAAGGGGGGAGAGAGAGGGAUUGAGAAGGAAGUGCUAAGCAGCAAGAAAAGGUUUUUGUGCUUUGCCUUCUUUCUCUUUCUUUCUCUCUGAGAAAACACACAAAAAGCUUUCUCUAGAGAGGAAGUUGGAGACAUUUGGAUUUAGUCCUCGUGUCUCCUCUACCUCUCUCUUACUAUUUUCAUUUCUAUUCUUUUCCCAUAUCUCUUUUUGGGCUUUUAAACUUUUUUUAUUUGUUGCAUAUCUAUCUAUUUAAUCACAUACGUUGACACCCAAUUUUUCCGGUUUGAUGUAAUUUUUGCUGUCUUAAAACUUCACUUGUCUUUCUUAAUUCUCACUUUGAAAACAAGAGAGUGGCGUGAAAUUCAUGAAUGCGUUUCCCAUGUACACCUACUACAAACGAAAUAACCCAAGUCCAUUCUUGAGCUAGAGCGAUAUUUACCAUACACAUAUCUCUAUAAAGGUGAGAAGGAGGGAAAAAAGGAAGGAUUAUUUGAUGAAUUUUGGGGGAUUUCUUGAUAACAAUUCAGUUGGUGGCGGCGGUGCAAAAAUCGUUGCCGACAUACCUUACAGCGACAGCAGCAACCACAACAACAACAACGUUAACAGCAGCAAUACAAACAUGCCCGCAAGUGCUGCAAUUGCUCAGCCGCGCCUCGCUACUCAAUCUCUUUCCAAGUCCAUGUUCUCCUCUCCUGGCCUCUCCCUCGCCCUUCAAACGAGUUUGGAGGGGCAAGAGGUGAGGAGAAUGUCCGAAAACUACGAGUCCAAUAUGAAUAUUGGAAGGAGAAGCAGAGAUGAAGAGCACGAGAGCAGAUCUGGGAGUGAUAACAUGGAGGGUGGAUCAGGAGAUGAUCAAGAUGCUGCCGACAAGCCACCAAGGAAGAAGAGAUACCAUCGCCACACCCCCCAACAAAUCCAAGAACUUGAAGCUCUCUUCAAAGAGUGUCCUCAUCCCGAUGAGAAACAAAGGUUGGAGCUCAGCAAAAGGCUUUGCUUGGAGACUAGACAAGUUAAGUUUUGGUUUCAGAAUAGAAGAACACAAAUGAAGACACAACUCGAGAGGCAUGAGAAUUCAAUCCUCAGGCAAGAAAAUGAUAAGCUUCGCGCGGAAAAUAUGUCAAUAAGAGAGGCCAUGAGGAAUCCAAUUUGCACCAACUGUGGUGGUCCUGCAAUAAUUGGCGAAGUCUCCCUAGAGGAGCAACAUCUGAGGAUUGAAAAUGCACGAUUGAAGGACGAAUUGGACCGAGUUUGUGCACUUGCUGGAAAGUUUUUAGGCCGUCCCAUAUCGUCCUCGGCCGCAUCCAUGGCUCCUCCAUUGCCCAAUUCCAGUUUGGAGCUCGGGGUCGGAGGAAACGGAUUUGCUAGCUUAAGCACUGUCCCAGCAACACUGCCGUUAGGCCCUCCAGAUUUCGGGGUCGGAAUCGGAAACCCUUUAUCCUUGAUGGCGGGUCCGACUAAAGCAGCGGCAACAACUGCCGGGACGGGCAUUGAAAGAUCAUUGGAGAAAUCCAUGUACUUGGAGCUGGCUUUGGCGGCAAUGAAUGAACUGGUGAAAUUGGCACAAACAGAUGAGCCCCUUUGGCUGAGGAGCCUGGAAGGCGGUAGAGAAAUACUGAAUCAUGAGGAGUACAUGAGAACAUUUACUCCUUGCAUUGGCGUGAAACCCACUGGCUUUGUUACCGAGGCCUCCAGAGAAACCGGCAUGGUGAUUAUCAACAGCUUGGCUCUCGUGGAGACAUUAAUGGAUGCGAACAAAUGGGCGGAGAUGUUUCCUUGUAUGAUUGCAAGAACCUCGACCACAGAUGUGAUAUCAGGUGGAAUGGGAGGAACCAGAAAUGGUGCACUUCAGCUGAUGCACGGGGAACUGCAAGUUCUUUCGCCAUUGGUUCCAGUUCGUGAGGUGAAUUUCCUCCGGUUUUGCAAGCAGCAUGCAGAGGGGGUGUGGGCUGUGGUGGACGUGUCCGUUGAUUCCAUCCGGGAAACUUCCGGUGGUGGUGCGUCACCGACAUUUCCCCGUAGUAGAAGGCUUCCUUCUGGUUGUUUAGUGGAAGAUAUGCCCAAUGGCUACUCCAAAGUUACUUGGGUAGAACAUGCUGAAUACGACGAAUCUAUGAUCCACCAACUCUACCGCCCGUUGAUCGGUGCCGGAAUGGGGUUCGGCUCUCAGAGAUGGAUCGCCACCCUCCAACGCCAGUGCGAGUGCCUCGCCAUCCUCAUGUCCUCCAGCGUCGCACCCCGGGAUCACACCGCAAUAACUGCAAGUGGGAGGAGAAGCAUGUUGAAGCUGGCGCAGCGGAUGACUGAUAACUUUUGUGCCGGCGUCUGUGCUUCGACGGUGCACAAAUGGAACAAACUGUGUGCCGGCAAUGUGGACGAGGAUGUCCGAGUGAUGACCCGAAAGAGCGUGGACGAUCCCGGCGAGCCACCGGGCAUUGUUUUGAGCGCAGCCACGUCCGUUUGGCUCCCCGUUUCCCCGCAGAGACUCUUUGAUUUUCUCCGCGAUGAACGCCUCCGGAGUGAAUGGGACAUCUUAUCCAACGGUGGUCCCAUGCAAGAAAUGGCCCAUAUUGCCAAAGGUCAAGAUCACGGCAACUGCGUUUCCCUCCUCCGUGCUAGUGCUAUGAACGCGAACCAGAGUAGCAUGCUGAUACUGCAGGAGACAUGCAUAGACGCGGCGGGGUCGCUUGUGGUGUACGCGCCCGUUGACAUUCCAGCAAUGCACGUGGUGAUGAACGGUGGGGAUUCCGCAUACGUUGCCCUGCUCCCCUCGGGAUUUGCUAUCGUACCUGACGGCCCAGGUUCUCGUGGGCCCCUUCCCAAUGGUCUGACAAACGGCCCCACCAGCCACAGAGUUAGUGGGUCCCUCUUGACCGUGGCCUUCCAGAUUUUGGUGAAUAGUCUCCCUACAGCCAAGCUCACUGUAGAAUCCGUGGAGACCGUCAACAAUCUCAUUUCUUGCACCGUACAGAAAAUCAAGGCUGCUCUUCACUGCGAAAGCUGACUCAGGAAGGAAGGAAGGACAGUACUAUUUUGAGCCAAUUAGUCUUUUUUAUAAUAAUAAAAAAGAAAAUCUGACGUGGGCAUGUUGUAUGGUCUUGUCAUAUAGGCUUUUUUAUAUUAAAAAAAAUUUUUUUUUUUGGUUUGUUUGUUUAUCGGGAGUGGAAAAUUCUUAAGUAGAUCUUGUUUAUUGUAAAUUAUGCAUUUAGAAUCUUGUAUUAUUGUGCAUUAAUGGCUUGUACUCUUCCAUAGCGUACAACGUAGAUGCAUCUAAUACAAGUACUUCAUGCAUGGUUAAUGCAA